UUAUUGUUAUUCAUCCAUAUACAUGUAUGCAGCCAAAGAAAACAGUGUUCCUCCAGACCAAUGUGCAUGACACAUAGAAUAAUAUUAACAAAUAAUAAAAUAUAUUCCAGAAAACAUUUAGCAGAGGGUGCAAGUCACAAAGUAAACGGUAUAACACUACUGGCACUUCAUCAGUGAUGAGACCCGGGUGGUGGCAGGGAGUUUAUUAAUCUCAUGUCCAUAAGAUAUAGGAGCAGAAGUAGGCCAUUCAGCCCAUCGAGUCUGCUCUGCCAUUCAAUCAUGGACAUCCAAUUCGUCCACCUACCCACUCCUCCAAUUAUCUUUGUAUCAUCAGCAAAUUUAGCCACAAAUCCAUUAAUCCCAUAGUCCAAAUCAUUGACAUACAUCGUAAAAAGCAGCAGUCCCAACACCGACUCCUGUUGAACUCCACUGGUAACCGGCAGCCAGCCAGAAUGGGAUCCUUUAGUAAGCGUCCUUGAGGAAGAAGUUGUUUCCCAUUCUAGCAGUCCUGUCCUAAGGCUACAGUACCUCCUGCCUGAUGAUAGGAGUUCAAAGAGAUUGUGGGAUGGAUUAGAGGGAUCGUUGACAAUGCUAAGGGCCCAGAGCUGAUCUUAAUUUUUGGCUGCUGUGACAUGGUCACCGGAAACAAAAUGUGGGUAGUCAAGAACCAAGGGACUCCUGAGAAGCCACUUAGUGGGAACUUGAGAAGCACAGGACAACAGAAAUCUGAAACCCUGUUUCUUCCUUUGUAUGUAUCUUUUAAAAUCAUGAACAAAAUCAUUUUUGAAAUUAAAACACUCCCCUAAAGGCUGAGGCUGCAGGGACAGUGGCAGCUUCCAAAUCUGAAUGUGACAUCUAGUACCAGAUUGAGCUUGCUGAAGUUGGUGCCAGUCUGCACUGAGCAGGGCUGAUGGCAAAGAGGCUUCUGCGUCUCUCGUGGUCAGGCAGUAAGCAGUACUGAAGGCCUUGAUGGUGAGGCCAGCUCUCUGGAACAGCUUGCUGAUCUUAGACACAGGGUAAGAUUUGGGUUGCAGCUCCAGCAUGUAGCAUCCACUUAGGUGUGGGACAUCCUCUAAGGAUAAAGGUUUAUUGUCAAAGGUUACGGGGAAAAGGCAAGAGAAUGGGGUUGAGAAGGAUAAUAAAUCAGCCAUGAUGGAUUGGUGGAACAGACCUGAUGGGCCAAGUAGCCUAAUUGUGGUCCUGUGUCUUAUUGUCUUAUCUGUAACCUCUGAGCUGCCCAAUGCCAGUUGUUCCCUGUGGAAUCACUGUUAACUCCAUCACAAUUAGCCCAUAGGUAAGAGUUUCAGCAGACAAGGAAGACCGCGAAUGGGGCUACGGAACAGAGUAGGAUAGACUUGAUGGACUGACUAACCUCCAAAGCUUUUGGCUAAGACCCCCUUGCUGCCAGAGACUUGGUAUGAAGUAAAGCAUCAUCUUUAGUAAGACUGUCAAAGGUUACAGAGAUAAGGUAGAAGAAUGGGGUUGAAGAGAAUAAUAUAUUAGCCAUAAUUGGAAUAACAAAGCAGACUCGAUAGGCUGAAUGGCCUAAUUCUGCUCUUAUAUCUUAUGAUUUAAUGGUUUUUAUCAUGAAGUAGAUAGGGUGGAGUGGAUGUGCCCACAGAAACAGAAAAGGAGGGUUUUGCUGAUUGUUUCAAACUGGAUAUCUUGUCCAUGUCAGGAUUCAGAUCCUGACCUGAGGUUAUCCAAACUCUGUUGUAAGUAGCUCUUUGUUCCUCCAUUCAGAGGGAGUGGUACUAUCUGAAACUUUUCUGUCUCUUGUGAAAUCACCAGGAAUUAUGAUGGACUUUUUUGCAAUCUCCUGUUUUAUUUUUGACCUCCUCCUCCACUCCUGAGUAAUGUUGGUUUGAUGAACUAUUUUUAGUGCUGAACCAUUUCCUGAAUAAGUCAAGAACGGGUUUCUUCCUCUUAUGUGUUUCAACAAAUCAAUCACCAAAAAUUAACCCUUUCAAUGCCUGAGCCCUGUCUUGCCCAGAACAGAAAAUCCAGACGUUAUUCAUCACAAAUUCUGUUGUUUCGUCAUCAACUGUAUGAAAUCCACCAGUUGUGUUCCUAAUGUUAAGUUGGCAGAGAGAGAGGAAGAACAGGAUACAAACAUUCAGAUUUAUGGUUCAUAAAAUGAAAGUUAAAAUGGAUUUUUGUUUGUAAGCAUUACAUACAGAAAGACAACACUGUUGAUGAAUCUGUGGAUUGUAUGUAGGCAUUCUGUAAUGGUUGGGGAUCAAGUUUCCCCAGCAAAUGUUUAGUUAGUAAUUCAUAGAUAAGGUUGCACUUAUUUUAUAAAGUCACAGCAUAGAAACAGGCACAUUGGCUCUCAAUGAUUAAGGAUAAACUUUAUCAGCCAUAUAUAUUACAUGUAUUAGGAAUUUGCUGUAGUGCGCAUAAUGGCCUGGUUAAGAUUCCUACUUUUAUUCUGUAGGUAUUUCAUUUUAGCAGUUUUCUGCAAAAGCAGUGUGUCAUGCUAGUAGACUGUUUUGGUUUCAGCUAAAGAUAAGAAGCUCUGUUGUUCAACUUAGGAAAGUUGUGUCAGCCAAUUAGGAUGGUGGGAUCUGAAGAAGGUUCUAGAGAAAGCGGGGCGGAGAGAGAUUUGUGAUGGACAGUAGUCUGGUUUGAGGUAUUUUGGCAGGAGCUGCGGAACGGGACAGAAGGGAAGAUGCCGCAGAAUGCCGCAGGAAGGAGAGUCCCCGUUGCAAGAAGUGCUUUGUGCAGAUGAUAGCUCCGAGGAGGAAGGGCCAAUACUUCUGAGUGAGAGCCAGCUUGUUCGAGAUGGACUUCGAGGAGCGUUCACACUGCGGCCGGUGCUUUCAUGCAGUCUGAGGGUUCAGCGCUGUGAAUAACGGGUAUAACCAGCUUUCGGAAGAGCCACAAUGAAAGAACUACCACGUUCCAGGACCCAGUGACAGGGGUGGUUCCCAUUGAGAACUGCAUCUUCAAACUGGAAGACAAACCUUUGUCCAAUAUGUCAAACCGGACAGAAGUGCGAGGUGAAGGAGGAGGAGGGGAAGGGCUUCGCCCAGUCAGCAUUGCCAGUGAGAUAUCCAAUCACACCUUGGUUUCAGAAAACUCCCAAGAACAGGCACUCAAGACUUCCAAGGGAUCAAAGAAGAAUGCUUCCUUUGGCAAGAGGUCGAACUCGAUGAAGCGGAAUCCAAAAGCUAAUGUCCUGAAACGCGGCUGGUUAUUUAAGCAGGCCAGUUCGGGAGUAAAGUCAUGGAACAAACGGUGGUUCGUGUUGGCGGAUCGCUGCCUCUUCUACUACCGAGAUGAGAAAGAGGAAGCAGUCCUGGCAAGCAUUCCUUUGUUUAGCUUCCGAAUAAGCCCUGUUCAACCCGCCGAUAACAUCACCCGCAAGCACGCCUUCAAGGCUGAGCACACAGGUAUUCGGACGUACUACUUGAGUGCGGAGAAUAAGUCAGAGAUGGAAGACUGGAUCAACGCAAUGAACGAAGCAGCAAGCAUACAGACUGUGCCCUUGACCAGCAGGACCGGGGUGAAUUUUGAGACACAGCCUUCCUCAGAAUCGAACCACACGAGUAAUCAUAAGCGAUUAAUCAAACCCGACCAGGAAAAGGUUGGCAGUGAGGCAGAUGGGUUUGACAGAACAAGUAACAGGAAGAGCGACAGGAACAAUUCUGGCAAGGAGCCGGUGGCCAAGGUUAACGGCCUAUCAGGACAAGACGCGCCUUCCGACCCCAACAGCCCUGCUCCGGAGCUGAGAACUCACCCAGGCUUCGAGAGGCCCAUUCAGGUUAAUGGGCACCACUGGCAGCAGGGCUCCCCUGGGGAGAGCUACCAGCCGCAGGAGGGGGGAAAUGUCGUGCACCGGCGGGGAUUUGUUCCCCGUACCAGCACUGAGAAAAUGGCACAGCGCCAGUCCUCGCUGUCUCAGCUGCAACAGUGGGUUAACAUGCGCAGGUCUGCAUUAACGACGGACGAACUGAGGAGCUCACAGGUGUACCAGACUCCAACCAGAGAAGUGCCAGAGUACUACAAUCUUCUCUCGCCCUAUUACCAGGAAGAGUACCCCCAGUUCAUAGCACCUGGUGGGCGUCCGGACAGCAUUUGUUCUGUAUCCUCGUACAACAGGAUGACGGCCCGAUGGUCCAUCAACGAGCAGCAGCCCUCGUACCCGAUGAGGGACUGGCAGGGACGCCAGGCAUACAGUGGGCAGGGCUCGCCCGUCUGGCACGGGGUGCAGCAGCCUUACUCUCCCGAGGUCGACGGUGUCGCUGGCACCCUGCGGAGGUUGUCCUUCCAGCCCCGCUCACGUUCCGUGCCACGCUCGCCGUCCCAGGGGCCUCUGGUUGUCAACCAUAUCUACUCUCCGGUGAGGUCUCCCAAUGGCAGGCUCGAGAGAGUGCCGCCACAAAGGGACGAAGGUCUCGGAGACCCCGGUUACACGCUGCGUCGUUCCCGCAGUGCCAAGUAUGAAUACUCAGGAGAGAGAAGACCUACUGGAAUGCAACCAUAUCACUUCACCGCCUCGCAUUCCAUGCAGGACCGAAUGGAUGAAAUUCUAGACCUUCAGUUGCAAAGGAAACUAGAUUUUUUGGAUCAGCAGGUUCCAUAUCAGGACAGAUACCAGGACGCUCUGCACCAUUACAAGGUUGACGAGGUGGAGAUAGAUAAAUUGCUGGGUCGACUUUGCGAGCAGACCAAGAACCAGCGGGAGCAGGAGAAGUGGGUCCUCCAGUUACGGAAGGAGAAGGAAUCUCUGGAAAGUGCGUUGGAAACAACCCAUCGGGAGAUAGCAAUGUACCGUAAUCAACCGAGUUACACCGAGAAACUGGUACAGAAAAAGGAGUCUUUGCAGAACCAGCUGGUCAAUAUUCGUGGGGAACUCUCACAGGCAACUACGACCUUUGCAAACACAAAAAUGGAGUGCGAUGCCCUCAGAAUGGAGUUGUCCAUCAUUCACAAUGACCUGUGGGAGCAGCUGAACAGGCCAAUGGGAACGCAGGUUGAAAUGGGGUAUAAGCACAUUCAGAAGGAACUCUGGAAAAUCCAGGAUGUCAUGGAGGGCCUGAGGAAGACCUAUCCUGAGAGAGUUACAGCAGAGCCUGUCAAACAGAAUGUGCCUGGCACCCAGAUGGGGACUUUCGGCUCCAACAACCCUGCCAGUCCGCUGAGCUCUAACAGCCCCGUCAGUCCCAUGAGCCCCUUCUCUCCCAUCUCUGAUUCUCAUCUGUCAGCUCAGCAAGCAGCUGGUGAGGAGACCCGGCCGCCUCGACCGCCCCUUCCGCAGUCCUACCUGCAGCAAGGGCCGCUGCCUGUAGUCCCUCCUCUUCCCACUGAGAGCAGCCUCUGGGCCUAUUCUAUCGAGGACAUCUGGGAGCAGGCGGAGAAAGGGAAGAGCACCUUGGACACCAGGAGAAUUGAAGGAGCCACGGCACAGAAGUCGGGUUUUGAUGGUUCCCGGAAGGAGGAGCUCCCAGUGUUGCAGCAAAGCUCCGAAGGCAGCAUGGGACAAAGUAAGCAGGAGACAGAAGUGGAAAAGCAGAACAAAGUAGGUGUUGUCCCUCCAAGGACCAAGUCGCCUCCAGAAGAUGUGUCUCCGACUCCAUCCAGUCUUACGGUCCGGAGCAGCGAUAAAACUAACUCUGAAUUCCUGACGAGAGAAAAGGCGAGGAACAGCACACACUCAAAUGAUACCAAAUCCAAGAUGAGUGUGGAGGAGCAGGCUGAGCGCAUGAAGAGGCAUCAGAAUGGAUCGCUACGAGGCCAAAACAAGAGGCGCAGCCUGACCUUGACAUCUGGACUGCUGGCAACUAUGGAUAGCAGCAGCCCAAAACCCAAUGUUCGGCGAGUCACGGUUCCCCGCCGUAAGACCACGGAGAUUGAUAUCUCUCAGCUGGAGGCAGCUGUCCGGGAGGACUUUACAGGCAAAUACCACGAGACUCCGAGGGAGGAGAUCGCACGACUGAGAAGGAUGGACCUGGAGCCAGAACACUACUCCUUGGACAUCAACAAGGAGUUGUCCACACCAGAUAAAGUCUUCAUCCCAGAACGUUACAUUGAGUUUGAGCCGGAGCUCCCUCUUAGUCCAGAGGAGAUCAAAGAGAAGCAGAAGAAAGUGGAACGAAUCAAAACCCUCAUCGCAAAGUCCAGUUUGCAGAACAUUGUCCCACUAACGGAGGGGCUCAGUGACAGUAACAUGGAUCCCGAACUUCAGCUGCAGGAACAGGAGAAGAGGAUUGAGAUCUCAUGUGCUCUGGCCACGGAGGCAUCCAGACGAAGCCGGCUCAUAUCAGGUAAAGUUCCAGCAUCGGACGCAUCAAGUCCAUCAACCCCGCCAUCAUCACCCCUCUCAUCACUGGCACCACAGGUCACUGAUGGAAGCCAUUUAAUGUGUGUCUGAAGAACUCAGGCUAUCGCUGCUAUCAAGUGUCACGGGUCAACGUACUGAAGGCUGGCUGAGCUCCAACAGCACUACCUGCUGGCUUGAAUGGACGGAUAAUGCGUCUUAUCGGGGACCAGCUGAGACCCAGAAACCAGGACUGAGUGGGCGACUUGACAUUCAGUGAAGGCUGUCCCUCCAGAGAUGCAGUAUUUACCGAAGAGUUUCUUGUCGUACUUCAUGCAAUAAGUUUUUUUUUAAAUUUGACCAACUGAGUCCUCAAGAAAAGGAAAGUCUGGAAAGGAGUAUUUUAUUUUUAAAUGUGUGCAGUGUGAAAUUCUAAUGAUGUGGAGUGACUUUUUAGAAGGAACUGUCGUGGGAUCCAAGUUUCCCCAGAACUUGACAGGAAGAGAGAACGGAAUAUUAUGGGGUGCAUUGUAUUGAAGGGUGAAUAUGUCCACUAAAAAGAGGUGUAUUGGCCUUUAAGUCAGCAGGAAGCAUCCUUACUCAAAGGCUUUAUGUUAGAGUUUCAAGCCUUGAGCAGAGGAUUUUUGCCUAUUGAUCCCUGAGUGAUGAACUCUUGGAAGUGACACCUUUCAAACAAGGUGUUAAACCCCAACUGAUAAGUCAGGCUGAGACAUCUUGAAGAGCAGGGAAGUUCGCCCCUAUACCCAUCUGCUACUUACCCCACAGCUAAAACCAAAGCGGGACCCUGCUGUCUGCAAAAACGGACUUUCUACUUUGGAUGGCCUGCGAUCAGGAAAGGCGCUUUAGCUAUGCCUUUCUCCUUUCAGGAAGGGGCAGUUGAAAUUGACAGUGGUAGUAGUUAUCCGGUGGUGACCCUUGAAGAUAAUAAGCCAACUGUGGGAUCACUUGAGCAUAUCUCUACCGUCACAAAAGAGAGACUAGGACUAGGCACCCAACAUCGCUCACUGGGGGAACAUUAUUGUCCCAUGUGGACCCUGCUGUACACAGGCAAUGAGGAUUAGGAGCUAGGGAUGAUGGGAAGACAUGGCUAAACACAUUUAGAGUCAUAGAACACUACAGCACAGAAAUAGGCCCUUCAGCCCAUCUAGUCCGUGACAAACUAUUACUCUGACUGGUCCCAUCGACCGGCACCUGGACCAUUUACUGUUGAUAGUUUUAUGUCUCCAUUUAAGGGUGAGGUGUUUCACCAGGAACAAUGAUUCCACCGGUGGUGAACAAGGGCAGGGGCAAGAAUCCAUCAUUAAGGCUGCAGGAGAUUGGAACAGAGACCACCUUCCAAAUGGUCUUCUGGUGCUCCAUCUCCGACCAGCGUCCAUGUGAUACCAGCAGUGUACUUCACUUGCUUGUCUGAUGACGUUCUCACCAAAGUGGGCCGCUCCAAGUUAGCUCCUCAAUUGCUCCAAAAUGAUAAUUAUGUGAAAUCUCUCAAAGGUAUCUCCAUCAUGGAUCACCACAAAGAACAAGUACACCAAUUUAAAUUGAAGUCCCUUCUCAGACUUUUCUUCUCUCCCAGACCAGUUGGUAUCACUGCUGUAACUUAGUACAAAACCUGAGCAAAAAUCUUUGUCAAAAAUCUUGGAGAUGGACAAAAAAAAAAUCUCCUUCAGCUCUGCUUUUAUGUCUAACAUUUUUUGGCAGCUAAUCUGGAGCAGCCUGAAUGUGGACCUGCUAAUAUGUAACCAGCUAAUCCACCUAGCCACGUGGCCAAGUCCAUUGUUUUCGAACAGCUGCUGCUCGUCUGUGCAAUGUGACGUAUUUUUCAUGGCAACGGCCCGGCAGCUUGCAUUGCAACUUAGGACGAUAGUUCCAUUCUUCAGAACUUGCAUCAAGUGCAGUGCCCUGGCUACUGAUGAGCUCCUUGAGUGAUUCAUCGAAUACGGUGUUGGAUAUUUGAAGUAAUCGUUACAUCGAGGCUCACUGCAGGAUACCACUGAACUUUUACCCUGUAUUUAUGUGUUUUAUUUUGUUAUAGCUCUGUAUAAAGAUGAAAAGUUUAUGGUGGAAUGUAAAGGGGCUGAGCUCCUGCCACUGGUCCUGAUGUGCACUUGCAGUCCUGUCAGUCGGAAGUUCCACUGUGUGUAGAUAUGAGAUACAUUGUGAGACAGUGUACGCCGUUGAAUUAGCUAGUCUCACUGACCAUCAAUCAGUAACGUGGCUUCAAUCAGGAUUUAUUUCUAGAACUGUUAAGGCACUUACCUAUUUAACUGCAAUCCGCAGUCAGCAGACCACCCUUCAGGGUGGUGAGAAGGUCCAAGUUCUCAAACGUUAGUCUCCUCUGCAAUAGAACAGUCAGCUCAUACUCUGACUUGCUUAACACUUUGUCCAAGGUUACGGCGAGACUCCGGAAAGGACAGCCAGCCAAGGUGAAUGCUCAGAAGAGGGCGAGGAUUGCACAGGAAUACCACCUUUAGUCCAUAGUAACUCUGAAUCAAAACCAAGUUCAUUAUCACUGACAUAUGUCGUGAAACUUGUUUUUUUGCAGCAGCGUUGCAGUAAAAUACAUAAAAUAUACUAUAAAUUGCAAUAAGAAAUAUAUAUAUAUAUAAAAUAUUGAAUAAGUGGUGCAAAAUGAAAGCAAAAAUAAUGAGGUAGCAUUCAUAGGUUCAUUGUCCAUUCAGAAAUCUGACGGCAGAGGCGAAGAAACUGUUCCUAAAAUAUUCAGGCUCCUGUACCUCCUUCCUGAUUGAUGUAAUGAGAAGAGGGCAUGCCCUGGGUGGUGGGUUCCUUAACGAUGGAUGUCCCCUUUUUGAGGCUUCACCUAUUGAAGAUAUCCUUGAUAGUGGGGAAUGGUUGAGGGUGUUGACUAGGCUGCAGUUCUCUAAAUGGAUUAAAGACACAUAUCUGUAAAGCAAAGCAGACCUUCACACCAACUGCUUUUUGCUGGACUAAUAGUAAUGUUGCAGCUCAGAGCCUUACUUUGCCUCAGUCUUCCUAGUAAUGUAUGACAUGGGAUAAUAGGGCAGCCAAUGUUACUGGUUCAGAUGAUAAGUGUGGGUCCCUAGAACCAAGGUUAGGUCCUGUAAGGAGUUUGUACGAUCCCCCCAUGACUAUGUGAGUUUCCUCCGGCUGCUCCAGUUUCCUCCCAUAGUCCAAAGAAGUACCAGUUGGUAGGCUAAUUGGCCAUUGUAAAUUGUCCCGUGAUUAGGCUAGAAUUAAAUUAGGGGUUGCUGGGUGGCGUGGUUUAAAGGGCCGGAAGGGCCUAUUCCGUGCUGUACCUCAAUAAAGUAAAACAAAAUAAUCGCAGAAUCUUUUGACUAACAAUGUGAUUGGCAUUAAAUGUAUCAUUGUAUUUGAGCAUCACUGCUAAAUGAGUUUGAAUACAGAGCAAUGUGGAAAAGCAGUGGGAAUCAGCUCAUCAGUCUGAGCUUGCUGCAGCUGCAACAUUGUUCCAGUCUAAGUCCAGAGGGACAAUGAGCGUUGGGAGCAUCGCGCAUGCAAUGGCGUAUUGACAAGUGAGUUUAUUGUUUCCCGGGAGAAGAGACUGAGUGGCAUUGUCAAUACUCACUGGAGUUCAGAAGAAUGAGAGGACCUAAAUGAGAUACAAGUCUGGGGGAGAGAUUGACAAGAUGGAUGCCAGCUGGGGAGAUGAGAGCCUGGGUAUAAGGAAUUGUGCCCACUUAGAGAUAAAGAGAAAGUUUUACACGUUGAAUAUACGCAAGAUAAAAUGGAUCAGGUUUGAGGACAGAGGGAAUCAAAGGGUAAGAUAGGAAAGUGGGCGAGGAUCAGGAUUACACAAUGGGAAACAAGGCCUAUCCCAACUUCUCUUUCUGAUCCACUUACGCUUUGAAGUGCCGGCGAUUGUACAAAUGCCUCCUUUCUCAGUGUGGAUUUCACAGUGGUUUGGUGCUACGAUGGCUUACUGGCUCUUGAAACUAGCUGGUUAUUCCCGUACUGGUUCUUGUAACAUCUCGAAUGUAAAAAAUAUUCGUGACAAGGUGAUUCUUCUCAUUGAUCCAUCUCCAGCGUGAAGGAUUCCUCUGCUCGAAUGAUUGCAGUAUCACUGAUUGGAGAGUUAACUUUUCACCAUUCCUUGCAUUCUCAGUGAAGUUCACCUUCAGUCGCACUUUCAUUCAUUCAUUCAUUGCAUUAGACUGUUAGAUGGAUCGAAAGAAAAGUUUGCAAAGCAAAAAAUGUGCAGAUGCUGGGAAUCUGAAGAGAGAACAGAAAAUGCAGGAUUAGCCCAGCAGAUCAGGUGGCAUCUGUGGAGAGAGAAACAGAUUGAACAGCUCAGGUGAAUGACUUUUCAACAGGACAGACAAAGGAAGACUGAAAGGUUAACUUACUUUCUCUCUCUACAGAUGCAGCCUGGCCAGCUGAGUAUAUAUCCAGCGUUUUAUGUUUUUAUUUAUGAGAGAAAAGUUUUAUUUUUUAAUAAAAGGAACAGGAAGUUUAUGUAUAAUGGCUCUGACACUAAGAAUAGAACCUCAUUCAAUCUGUUUUCAGAAAUCAGAGCUAAUGGUUAAAGAGGGUUUUUCAGUAGUCGCUGUAAUAUACUUGGUGUACUUUGGUGUCUUGCGAGAAUGUUAUUCCAUAUGGUUGUUGGGGAUGUUAGUGUUCAUGCAGUGAAAUUCAAGGUCAUGCUCAUUAAUGCAGUUUUAUUCAGCAAUAGGACUUCAUUUGGGCUGCUGUCACUAAUCACAAUGAGAAGAAUGGAAUGUGGAAUAAAAUUCAUCCGCAUUCCAAAUUUGACAGGGUGGCCAAAGGGGGGAAGCAGGGAGAGUGAUAUGGAAGACACCAUUACCAAUCCUAAGGGUGCAGUACAGGCUGGGGAAUGUAAGCUGAGGCACAGAAUGUGUAAGACAGACAGAGGUGGCAGGAAACAUGAGGUAUGGAAAUGUGGGAACUUGCACAGGAAUGAGUUUAGUGGUUGAGAAAGUGAGGAUGGAGGUGUUGGGGUAUACAUCAGGUUGGAAGGAAGUGAAGUGGGAGGAGGAUUAGGCUAGAAGCUGAAACACAAGAGAAUUAAAUAUGACAAAAGUUAUUCUGCUACCGUAAGACAAGAGGAGCAGAAUUGGGCCAUUUGACCCGAGUCUGCUCCACAUUUCAUUCAUGGCUGAUAUAUUUUCUCUCUCAACCCUAUUUUCCUGCCUCUUCCAGUGAAGUCAAGCCAACCGUUGAUGUUGUAUUCUGAGUCAUACAAUGGGUUCAUUGAGAGCUCAGAUGCAAAACUUGACCUUGUGCAACAACCAAAGCCAGCAGCCAAUUUUCAGUCAUUGUCCAGACUUCAUGUUGUUUGCAUACUAACUCUGAUAUCACUUUCAGCCAAUUUAACGUUCCAGUAAUAGUUGAGGUAGGCCACUGUGUGGUAGUUGGUAUACACUGGCCAUCUUCACAAAGCACUGCAACACAAGGACAGCAUGUGUUGAAGGUGCAAAAGCAAUUCCAAUUUGAUUUUAUCAAACAAAGCACAAGUUGCAGUAGAUUCAUGUAAAGAAUUUUUUAUUCUACUUUAGUGCAAACAAGAAUAUAGUAUUUAUGAAACAAUUAUGACCUGUGCACCAAUUUGUUGGAGGUAGGGGAGCAUUGUACUCCGCCCUAGGUGAUUACAUUGGUGGAGUUAUCGUCUCAUAGGACAUCACUUCCAAGCACAACAUAUUCCCAAGAAGUCUCAGAACUUCCUUUGCUGCUUUCCUCCAAUCAUAACCUAAGUGAUGGCAGGCAAUUGGCACUUGAGGAUCACUUGCAAAAGGGUACACAUUGUACCUAUGAACGAACUGGUUUUCACUAUUUCUGUUUGUCUCAGGGGAGUAGGAUGUAUGGAGUUCAAGAUGAAAUAGUAGCCAACCAUUGACUCAAACCAACUAGCCUCUGUGCGUGCCCCCCCCCCCCCAUUAUCUGCCUGUGGCUGAGGACAACAACCCAGCAUUCAUGUCUCCCUUUGACCUCCAAGCUGGAUGGUAGACUGGUGUUUGGUCCUUCCUGGUAGAGAUUUAUCUUUCUAUCACCCUCACCUCAGUGCAGUUACAUUUCACUGGCGGCGAACCACUCUCCAGAACUUCAUGGCCAAUGUGCAGCCUGAGGCAACUAGAGUUGAUCAGAGAAAGAUACAGUCCUAUCCUUGCUUAACAUUGACCUUCAGAGACCACCCCUUUCUGUCUGAACCCCUUUUCAGCCCAAGUAGUAUCAGGACGCUACUAAUUUUUUGCACAAAUCAUGACCCUGCAGGGUUAAGGCUUCAACGCAAACACUCCUGUAUCUUACCCUCACUUUCACAUAUCUUAAACACAAGAGAUACUGCAGGUGCUGCAAAUCCAGAGUAAAUCAGACAAAAUGCUGGAGGAAUCAGGCAGCAUCUACAGAAAGGAAUAAACAUUUCACAUUUACUUAAAUUUUCUGUCUCCUUCAGAGGAAGAUCAGAAGUUUCAAAAUAGUCAGGCCUUAAAUGCUCCCACUGGCUUCAGCCUUCUUCCUACAUUCCCAACUGCACCAAUAGUUAGCUGGUUAAUGGUCACAAACUGAAACGUGAGCAGAAUAGGGCUAUAAAGAAUGGAUUGCAAGCAUUCCUCCUGUUCAAGUAAAAGGUUAAUUUUGUUAGGGUUAGGAAGCAGCAGAAAUGAUGGAUUAAUGAGAGAAGGCCAAGGGAUGGAGACUCUAACAUCUGUACCCUCAUGACAUGAGUUCCUUUCACCCGUUUCCUUUCUCAUUUCAUUUUUGACAACACGGGAUACUUUUCAUAGACUAUAAGCCGUUUAUUGCGUGACUGCUAAUGUUUAUUGGGGAAAGGUGUUGUUUUAUAGCUCAAAGUGGUUGUUUGGGGGUUUAGACAAGAGGUAUACCUUAUAAUGUACAUCUAUGUAUUGUAAUAAAGAAAUAUCAAAAAUUAUUAUGAAAAAUAUUAAAACUAACCAGAAUA